AGCAGAGUACAAAGCACUGAGGAUACUGGCAGCCAAGAAGAACUGAAAAAUUUCCAGAAUGAGUCAAGCUGAGGAAAGCAGCAUCCACUCAACAUGGAAUAUUGUGAGGUCAGUUGUCUGCAUAAUACUGAGCUUGUCAUUUAUUAUUGGGACCCCUGGAAACUGCAUCGUCAUCUGGACUGUUUGUACAAAAAUGAAACAAGUAUCUCCUUCAGUCCUGCUGAUCCUGAACCUGGCCAUUGCAGAUGUCCUUGUACUGAUUACCUUACCAAUUUGGAUUUACUCCUUCGCGGAUUCAUGGGUUUUUGGAGUCAUCUUCUGCAAAAUACUGGUUUUCAUUAUUUACUGCAGCAUGUAUGCUAGUAUAUUUCUAAUUACAGCACUGAGCUUCGAGCGGUUAAUGGCUGUGUUUUACCCUUUCACAAUACAAAGAUACAAAACAAAAGAAAAGAUUUCUUUGGUCAUGUUCCUCAUUUGGUUCCUGUCUAUUACUUUCGGCAUUUCUGUCAUUCCAUUUCAAGAGACAGAAGAAAUGAACGGCAGACUACUAUGCACAUGUCGGAACUACUCUUCUAAUAGACAGAAAGUGUCAUAUCUUUUGCUGGAGACUCUUGCAGGGUUUGUAAUCCCUUUUUUAAUUAUUUGCACUUGUUACAUGUGUGUUGCAAGAAGAAUAAGCAGAAUGAAUUACCAAUCUAAGCAGCGAUCGGAACGGCUCAUCGCCAGCAUUGUGGUGGCAUUCAUUUUAUGCUGGUUCCCUCAUCAUCUCUUUAACAUCCUAGAUAUUAUUUCAAUUCAGAUAGAACUCUCUAACGAGGAAAUGUCUUUGACAUUGGAUGAAAUUGUAGGCAGAGGAGUGUACAUCUCUGGAGCACUUGUAUUCAUCAGUAGCUGUAUUAACCCUCUGCUUUAUGCUUUUGCUGCACGAAGAUUUCAGAAUCACCUGAGAUUUGCCAAGAUAUCAAAGCUGUUUGAACAGAUGAGUCAGACUGUAACAGAGGAAGGCAAGAAAAAAAGUUUGGUUAUAACCAAACAAGAAGAUACUUUAGUAAACACAGAAAAUCUCUAACAAACAUAGCUUUAGUGAAUAAUGUGAAUAAUGUGAUUCUGUGUCAUUCCUUCAGUAGUUCGUUCUCCUCAUGCUCUUGGUUUCAUUUAUUAAGCAGUCCAGGUAAAGCUAGAGACAGGUAAAUGUUUUUCGGUUUUGUUUUAUAUGUUACAAAAGAAUUGGCAUUGACAACCUAGUCCAGUUCCUGAGUUACUAUCCACGUCAUGAAAUCAGCGCUAUUUCACUGGUGCUGAGAAUCUCAGCAAGGUGACUAGAAGCUCAA